CCCGCGGACCAUCACCAGAGGACCCAACUGCUCCUAUAAGUCGUCACAAGUGAUAAUAUUGGACUGUAUAAUGACUUUUUCUCACCGCUAGUUUCAGCCAAGAAACUUUACAAGGAGCGGAACUUUCCCUGCCACAAAGACGGAUGGAAAUUAUUCCGGAAAGCCUCUCCUCCGCCGCGGUGGUACCCUAAACUCCGAAUACAAAAACGAGAACACUAGGUUUACUAUGGAUACUUUCUUUUUAGAGGGGGCCCGUGUGUGGCUGCGGGACAAAGAGCAGCUGCUCCCCUCUACAGUCAGCUCCUGUGAUGAUUCAUCUCUGGUCCUCACCACUGACUAUGGCAAGGUGAUGUACCUCCAGAGGGAGCAGCUGAGCAGAGAAACAGUGUACGCCAUGCACCCGAGCAGCAUCCAGGGCGUGGAGGACAUGUCCACACUGAGCGAGCUGCACGAGGCCGCCAUCAUGCACAACCUGUUCCUCCGCUACCAGAAGGACAGCAUCUAUACCAAUAUUGGCUCCAUCCUGGCAGCUGUAAAUCCAUACAAACAGAUCCGAGGCCUGUACGACAGCGCCUCUGUGGACUUGUACAGUAAACACCAGUUGGGGGAACUGCCUCCUCACAUCUUCGCUAUCGCCAACGAGUGCUACCGCUGUCUGUGGAAGAGGCAUGACAGCCAGUGUGUCCUCAUCAGUGGUGAAAGUGGUGCAGGAAAGACCGAAAGCACCAAACUGCUCCUUAAAUUUCUCUCAGUGAUGAGUCAGUAUUCACUUGGUACUCCACCUUCAGAGAGCACCACCCGAGUGGAGCAGGCACUGGUCCAGAGCAGUCCUAUCAUGGAGGCUUUUGGAAACGCAAAGACUGUGUAUAACAAUAACUCCAGUCGUUUUGGGAAGUUCAUUCAACUCAACUUCUCCCAGAAUGGAAAUAUCCAGGGAGGCUGCAUCAUCGACUAUUUGCUGGAAAAGAACCGAGUAGUGCGGCAGAAUCCUGGGGAGAGAAACUACCACAUCUUCUAUGCACUUUUAGCUGGAGCUGACAGAGACCACAGGGAUAUGUACCUCCUUUCUGAUGGUGCUGAGGCCUAUCAUUACUUGAGUCAGUCGGGUUGUGUGCAGGACAACAGCCUGGACGACAAACAACUCUUUGACAGUGUUAUGGAAGCCCUCAAAGUGAUGGAGUUUACAGAGGAAGAGAUCAGGGAUGUGUUCAAGCUGCUUUCUGCUGUUCUCCAAAUGGGAAAUAUAGAGUUCAUGACGGCUGGAGGGGCCCAGAUCACAACUAAUGCAGUGGUGAACAAUGUGAGCGAGCUGCUUGGUUUGGACUCGUUCCAGCUGUCAGAGGUGUUGACCCAGCGCUCCAUGAUUCUCAGAGGAGAGGAGAUCUGCUCCCCACUCACCGUAGAGCAGGCUGUAGACUCCAGGGACUCGGUUGCCAUGGCACUUUAUUCCCAGUGUUUCUCCUGGAUCAUCAUGCGGAUCAACCAGAAGAUAAAAGGAAAAGAAAACUUCAAGUCCAUUGGCAUCCUGGACAUUUUUGGUUUUGAGAAUUUUGAGGUUAACAGGUUUGAACAGUUUAACAUCAACUACGCCAAUGAGAAACUUCAGGAGUAUUUCAAUAAGCACAUUUUCUCCCUGGAGCAGUUGGAGUACAACAGGGAGGGCAUUCAGUGGGAGGCUAUAGACUGGAUGGACAAUGCCGAGUGUCUGGAUCUCAUUGAGAAGAAACUGGGCAUGUUGGCACUUAUUAAUGAGGAGAGCCGAUUCCCCAAAGGCACGGACUACACCCUCCUGGAGAAACUACACAGCCGCCACGCAGCUAAUCAUUAUUAUGUGAAACCUCGUGUGACCGACCACCAGUUUGGCAUAAAGCACUACGCCGGAGAGGUGCUUUAUGAUGUGCGGGGGAUUCUGGAGAAGAACAGAGACACUUUCCGGGAUGACAUCUUGUUUAUUCUUAAAGACAGCCGACUCGACUUCAUCUAUGACCUUUUCGAGCGCGUGGGGAGCAGAAGUGGAGAUGAGACCCUGAAGAUGGGAACGGCGAGACGCAAGCCCACCGUCAGCUCCCAGUUCAGGGACUCCCUUCAUUCACUGAUGGCCACACUAAGUGCCUCCAAUCCCUUCUUUGUGCGCUGUAUCAAACCGAAUAUGGACAAGAAACCUAAUCAGUUUGACCCAGACGUUGUACUGAACCAGCUGAGGUACUCCGGGAUGCUGGAGACGGUGAAGAUACGGAGAGCUGGGUUUCCGGUGAGGAGGACCUUUAAGGACUUCAACAGCAGGUACAAGAUGAUUCUGAAAACUAAAGCCGUCCCCAGUGAUGAGAGGCAGUGCUGUUUGGAGAUUCUCAACCUGCACGAUCCAACCAAAAAGGAGUUUCAGCUUGGGAAAUCUAAGGUUUUUCUCAAAGAGGUCCUGGAGCAGACAUUGGAGAAGGAGAGGGAGGAGGUGCGGCGGAGGGCUGGUAUGGUGAUCCGUGCCCACAUCCUUAGCUAUGUGGCAAGGAAACAUUAUAACAAGGUUCGAUCCAGCGUCGUCACCAUCCAGAAGAACUACCGCGCCCACUUUUGGAGACGCCUCUUCCUGCGUAUUCGAACUGCCGCCAUCAUCCUCCAGAAGCACCACAGGGGUCAAAGGGCACGCUCGCUCUACCAGCAGCUCAGGGAGGAGAAGAGGAGGAGAGAGGAAGAGGAGCGGCGGAGACGGGAGGAAGAAGAGGAGAGGAGAAGGAUGGAGGAGGAGAGGCUGAGGAGAGAAGAGGAGGAGAGGAGGAAGAUGGAGGAGGAGGAGCGGAGACAGAGGGAGAAAGAGGAGGAGGAGAGGAGGAAGGAGCUGAUGGAGAAACAGAAAACAGAUGACAGGAGCUCAGUGAUGGUGAACGGCGCCUGUGAAAAGAAGGGGCUGUCCCAGACCCUGUCCCACUCUGACACCACAGAGGAGGAGAGCAGGCAGAUGGAGGAAAUCCUAAGACUGGAACGCGAGAUCGAACGUCUCCAGAAACAGCAAGAAGACGGCGUUUCUUUGCUUGGAGACAUGUCCCGUGAGGAGCUUCGCCAAAUCAGGGACGCCGAGAUCUACCGCCUGGAGAAGGAAGCGUCGCGAGUGGCUACAGAAUUCCUUGAUUUGUUGGAUUUUGGUGGAUUGGAGCCUUCGUUAUCCAGCGAGGAAAACCUUCACGACCCCACGGAAUCCACCGCUCCCCUCGCCGAAGAAGAGGUGGAUGAGGGGUUCCACGCUGAAGAUGAGUGCGUAGCGUUGCCAGACUUUCCUUCACCGGUUUCAGCUCCUCUGGAUAAAGAAGUGUUCCAGAGUAUCCCACCUCCUCCUCCAGAUUUUGCAGAAGGACAGCUAGCUACUCCCUCCCCCUCCUCUGUACAGAAUAAACCAGUUACUUCCAACGGACUUAGUCAUGUUCCCAAUCUUUCCACAAACCAUGCUCCCGCUCCUCUUCCUGCUCUUACUAAUGGACACAGGGAAGAGAGAGCGACCCGGGGGUCAAAACUGAAUGAGUCAGUGAAUGGUCAAGUGUCCCACAGCAACCUCCCAGACCCGGAGUCGGACUAUGACCAGGAAGAAUUUGAAGAGGCUCAUGGGAGUUCGGGGGCGAGUAUCAAUGACGGACACAUCACCGACGAGGAGGUGGUGAGGAAGUCCUCCGGUACACAAAACAGUCUGGACUCAUUCAGGGGCAGCUCCGACUCGUUCAUCGACAGUGAUGAUGAGAACGAUGCCUAUGUGGACACAGAUGAAGAGGUUUCCAAUGGCAGAGUCAACCUCCUGAACGGAUCUGGGCCUCCCUACUUCCACGGCUAUCUGUACAUGAAGAGCGGGCUCAUGAUUCCCUGGCGACGGCGCUGGUGCGUGUUAAAAGAUGACACCUUCAUGUGGUUCCGGGCGAAGCAGGACUCUCUCAAAUCGGGCUGGCUCUACAAGAAGGGAGGGGGCAUGUCCACGCUGUCACGACGGAACUGGAAAAUGCGCUGGUUCGUGCUUCGCGAAAACAAGCUCAUGUACUUCGAGAACGACAGCGAGGAGAAGCAGAAAGGGACCAUUGAUAUCCGAGCUGCUAAGGAAAUCGUGGACAAUCACGAGAAGGAAAACGCACUGAACAUCGUGACAGAAGAGAGGACCUACCACAUCUACGCAGAAUCUCCAGAAGAUGCAAGCGGUUGGUUCAAUGUGCUGAGUCGUGUGCACAGCGCCAGUCCGGAGCAGCUCCUGGAGAUGCACCACGAACAGGCCAACCCAAAGAACGCAGUGGGAACCCUAGAUGUGGGAUUGAUUGACUCAGUUUGUGCGUCUGACAACCCCGACAGACCUAAUUCCUUUGUGAUCAUCACUGCAAAUCGAGUGAUCCACUGUAACACGGACACGCCCGAAGAGAUGCACCACUGGAUCGGACUGCUCCAGAAGUCCAAGGGAGACACUAGGAGUGACGGACAGGAGUUUCUAGUCAGAGGCUGGCUUCACAAAGAGAUGAAGUCCGGAGUCAAAAGCACCUCUCUGAAGCUGAAGAAGCGCUGGUUCGUCCUCACAACAAACUCUUUGGAUUAUUACAAGUCCUCAGAACGAAAUGCCACCAAACUGGGCACUUUAGUCCUCAACAGCCUCUGCUCCGUGGUGCAGCCGGAUGAGAAGGUCUUCAAAGACACUGGUUACUGGAAUAUCAUUGUCCAUGGACGAAAGCACUCUUAUCGCCUUUACACCAAAAUGCUAAAUGAAGCCAUGCGCUGGGCUAAUGCCAUCCAGGGAGCCAUAGACAGCAAGGUUCCCAUAGAAACACCAACACAACAACUCAUCAGGGAUAUCAAGGAGAGCAGUUUGAAUGUAGAGGCUGUGGAGCAGACCUACUGGAGGAACCCCAUCCUCAGAUAUACCCAGCAUCCUUUGCACUCACCUCUUCUACCUCUGCCAUAUGGAGAUGUCAGCGUCCACUUGCAAAAGGAAAAGGGCUACACCAGCCUGCAAGAUGAAGCUGUCAAGAUCUUCAACUCUCUUCAGGAGAUGGAGGCCGUGUCCGACCCGGUGCCCAUCAUCCAGGGCAUCCUCCAGACCUGCCAGGACCUGCGGGCGCUGAGGGACGAGGUCUACUGUCAGCUGAUCAAACAGACCAAUCACGUGCCUCAUCCCAACAGCCCGGCCAAUCGUGCGCACUGGCACCUCCUCACCUGUAUGAGCUGCACCUUCCUGCCCAGUCGAGGCAUCCUGCGCUACCUCAGAUUCCACCUCAAAAGGAUUAAAGAGCUGUUCCCUGGUACAGAGAUCGAGCAGUACGCCCACUUCAUCAGCGAAUCCCUCAAGAGAACCAAAUCUCGAGAGUUUGUGCCCUCCCAAGAAGAGAUCAUUGCUCUUCUGACCAGACAGGAAAUGACCACCACGGUUUACUGUCACGGGGGAGGCUCCUGCAAGAUCUCCAUCAACUCCCACACCACGGCUGGAGAGGUGGUGGAGAAGCUAAUUCGCGGGUUAGCCAUGGAGGACAGCCGAAACAUGUUUGCGUUAUUUGAACACAACAACUCCAUUGACAAAGCAGUGGAAAGCAGAGUACUUGUAGCCGAUGUUUUGGCUAAAUUUGAAAGACUGGCGGUCAGUGAGGAAGAGGAGGAUGGCCAAUGGAAACUGUACUUUAAGCUUUAUUGCUUCCUGGAUGUGGAGAGCAUGCCCAAAGAAGGAGUGGAGUUUGCAUUCAUGUUUGAGCAGGCCCAUGAGAGUCUGACCCGCGGCCACUUCCCCGCCCGUGAGGAGACCCUGCAGCACCUGGCAGCUCUGCGUCUUCAGUUCCUCUACGGAGACAAGGGCAAAGCCUCGUGGAGCCUGGACAGCGUGUACCCCGUGGGCCGCCUACGAAACCGCAUCAUCCAGUUCACCAAAGGAGGCGGGGGGUCAGGCACAGGCCAAACUCUGGAGAGGAGGAGGACCAGCUUCUUGGAUGGGACUCUCCGGAGGGGUCUGAAGACGGGCUCCAUGAAGAAGCAGAAGCUGGAGGAGGAGCAGAUGUUGGAGAUGUGGAUUAAAGAGGAGAUGUCGUCCACGCGGGCCAGUAUCACAGACAAGUGGAGCAGGCUGAGCGGGCUGGACCAGCACCAGGCCAUGCUCAAGUACAUGACUGUGAUCAAAGAGUGGACCGGCUACGGCUCCACGCUGUUCGAUGUGGAGUGUAAAGAGGGGGGCUUCCCACAUGACCUCUGGCUGAGUGUGAGUGCGGAGAAUGUAUCUGUGUAUAAGAGAGGAGAGCCCAAACCUCUGGAGACUUUUCCGUAUGAACACAUCGUCUUCUUUGGAGCUCCACAGCACUGUACCUACAAAAUCACUGUGGACGAGCGGGAGAUGUACUUUGAAACUCCUCAGGUUGGAGAGAUCACGAAAAUCAUGAAAGCCUACAUAAACAUGAUUGUGAAAAAGCGCUGCAGCGUCAAAUCUGUCUCCAGUUACGGCAGCAACUGGAUCAGGUGAUGGACUGUAACAUAAUGCACUAUACGGACGACUGCCCCCUACAGGCGACUGGGCAGAAGACAGAGAAACAAAAUGCCUUUGGACAAGAGUUUAGACUAAAAUGUAACACGGAAUAUUCUCUACUGCUAAUGUGAAAGCAAGAAUGUCCUAUCCGAAUUAUUGUAUGUUUUUUUUUUUAUGAUCUUUCCAUAGACUGUAUAAAGAAAUGGACUAAGGGAGUGUGACGUUCAUAUUAGGAUUUAUUUACGGACAAAAUAGCUAAAUAAAAACACCAGGCAUGGUUCUCGACUGGAAAAAGGUGUCUUGUACUCUCCUGGUGGGUGGAGAGACCCUGCCUCAAGUGGAGGAGUUCAAGUAUCUCGGGGUCUUGUUCACGAGUGAGGGGAGGACGGAGCGAGAGAUUAACAGGUGGAUCGGUGCAGCGUCUGCAGUGAUGCGGUUGCUGUAUGGGACCGUUGUGGUGAAGAGGCAAAGCUCUCAAUUUACCGGUUAGUCUACGGUCCUCCCCUCAUCUGUGGUCAUGAGCUUUGGGUAAUGAUCGAAAGGACAAGAUCGCGGAUACAAGCGGUUGAAAUGAGUUUCCUCCGCAGGGUGGCUGGGCGCUCCCUUAGAGAUAGGGUGAGGAGCUCAGUCACACGGGAGGAGCUCGGAGUAGAGCUGCUGCUCCUUCACGUCAAGAGGAGCAGUUGAGGUGGCUCAGACAUUUGUUCCGGAUGCUUCCUGGGUGCCUCCCUCGGAAGGUGUUCUGGGCAUGUCUCACCGGGAGGAGGCCCCAGGGAAGACGCUGGACAAGCUGGAGGGACUAUGUCUCUGGACUGGCCUGGGAAUGCCUCAUGGUCCCCCCAGAGGAGCUGGAGGAAGUGUCCGGGGUGAAGGAACUCUGGGAGUCCCUGCUUAGACUGCUGCCCCCGCGACCCGGUCCCAGAUAAGCGGAAAAAAAUGGAUGGAUGGAAAUCACCAGAAUCAUGUAGAACAGAUUAAUACGAAUAUUUUAAGACCAAAAUGACAAGGCUCACAGCAGCAGUUAAAGAGAGAGGAGUGACGUUUUUUUCAAUGUAAAGGAACAUGGCGGCUUACAGAUUAACUAUGUCCAGGCCCGCCAACAGAAAUUUGGGGGCCUGGGGCAAAAAACUUUACAUUGGCCCCCCUCUAAUAUAAAUUAAUAAGAAGAGAAUUCACUUUUGGGCCCCUAAAACCCUGUGGCCUGGAACAACAGACCCCUUUGUCCCCCUGUGUCUACUUCCCUGGCUAUGUCCAUUUAUAUAUACAGUCUAUGGCUCAUACCUUACAUUAGUUACACUGGCCAUUCUCUACAAAGUAUUACUGACAAUAGAAACUCAAGUGAACACAUGAAGCAAAAAAAUUUAAAUAUUACAAUUUGUGUAUAGUGUUUCUGAGCCCACAAAUCAAAAUUCAGAACCCUUUUGAAAAUAAUUCCUCACUCAGGUAAUACAAUGUGUGUGAUGAAAACAAGUUUGCCUUAGUGUUUUGGGAGUUCGGGGCUGAUGUUGCCUUUACAGACUGUUGCCUUUUGGAACAAUAUGAACAAAUGUAUCUGAAAAGUGUCCAUCAUGAAAUGUUUAAAAGGUGCAUUGUGUAAUUUUUCUGGUGGAGGGUGCGUCAAAUGCUUUUCUUUGUGGAAAUAUUGUAGCUUCAUCUGGAAUGUUUCACAGUCUGGUAUUAAACGUUUCUAUCUUCAUGGAGACAUCUAGGUAUUUUUGAGCUCUAAAACCACCUGUAAUUGAAUAAAUAUAAGGUAGAAAUGUUUAAAGUCAUACUGUGGAACAUUCCAGGCAGAGCAGUGACGAACCCCCAACAAAAAAGUUACACAUCGCACCUUUAACCACCGCAGAAAUGUCCUUUUAUUUACGAAUAUUAUUAUAUAGACGUCGUGUUGCUUGAAACAGGCUUUGAGAUGUGUUUGUUUCUUGCUGUUUUUGGCCAUAGAGGGUGGGGUAUUUAUUAGUGUGCUAAAAAAAAAAAAAAGUAAAAUGACGCUUUGCUACUCUGUUACUCUGAUGAUUUUCUAUUUCAGGGUUACAAUAUUUUGACAUUUCAAGCUAAUAGUUCCUGGUAUAUGCUAAAGUACUAAAGGACUGACAGUUGAGGGUGUCUUACUGUCAACUAUUCUUUUUAUGAUUGAUUUUUACACCUGUCACGAUAAUUACUACAUUGACUUAUCAUCAGUGGUGGAAAGUAACGAAGUACAAAAGUAAAAGUACAAUUUUUAGGUAUCUGUACUUUCCCUGAGUAAAUUUUACUGUGGAUGCUUUUACUUUUACAUCACUACAUUUGAGAGCACGUAUCUGUACUUUCUACUCCACUACAUUUUAGAUCUGGACUGAAAAGUAAAAAGUGCUUUUCUUUAUAGUUUGAGACAACUUUAAGCAAACCAGAAACACAAAAACAGCUACAUAAUUUAAGAAAUCAAUAUUAAACCACUUAAAAUCAGCUUAAAUCUUUAUCAAAAUCACUACAUUUGAAGAUUUAAUUGUUAAUUUUUACUCUUAAAGUCCAUUCUUAAACAGGUACUUCAGUAGUUUUACUUAAAUAGAUUUACUUUUACUUUGAGUAAUCUUUUGCCCCUGUAUCUGUACUUUUACUUAAGUAACAAAACUGUGUACUUCAUCCACCACUGCUUAUUGCACAAUAUACAAAAGCUGGAACCAUAUAUUUUUGGGGUCAAUAUUUACCGUGUGUACAAUUUCUUUGUACUGCUGGGACAUUUUUGGUUAUUUUUUGACUGUAUGAUAAGAUUUGCGUCGUAAAAGUUUGAAUUCAUAACUUCUGUGACUCAUUACAGAUGCAAACUCAAUACUAAAGAGUUUCGUUCUACUAUUUAUUCAUAACAACUUGUGAUUUUGUAACAAUAUUGUACAUUUUGAAUAGUUUUGUGGUUUUAAAUCUGCUCUUGGGUUCUUGUCUCAGUGGGAUACAUUAAUUUCAAUAUUAUCCUUUAUCAUCGGUAAUUUCUUCAGCGAUUAUAUUGUGCUUCAAAAUGUUUGAAUUAUCGUGACAGGCCUGUUGAUUUCUGUAGUCACUGAAUCCGAUGUUUUGUUAAUCACACAAUAGAAUAGAAGAGGUCUAUGAUUUCAAAAGAUCCACACAGAUGUAUUUGGACCCUGGGACUGACCGGACUCAUCUCCGUUCAAAGGCAUUUUCCUGGUGAGCUGCCGGCGGCUACACCAGAGACUCAUCAUGCCCUCACCACGGACUGUUUCUCACAUUUACGACUGUUUUGAAGGAAGGAAACAUGGAACUUGUUUUAUAUCAGAAUUUAAAGAUGCUUUAAUAAAUUAUUGUAUUUAACUGC